AUGAAUGUCGAACUAAUACAGAACUUUACGUCCUUGAGUCAAAGUAACUUUUCUCCAUCUUCACUCUUCGGAGUCAAGUCUCAAGGAGCCCUGCCCGAGCUGCUUGCUAGUCGACCCGUCUGGCAGUAUGUUGUCACUUUCUUGCUAGGAUUGGUGAUCUAUGACCAGGUCAUGUACAUUAAGCGCAAGGGCUCCAUAGCUGGGCCCUCAUUCAAGAUUCCUCUUAUUGGCCCCUUCCUCCAGGCCCUUCAUCCGAAUUUCAACGAGUAUCUCGCACAAUGGGCAAGUGGACCACUUAGCUGUGUGUCCGUCUUUCACAAAUUUGUUGUCCUGGCUUCCGAUCGAGACCUUGCACACAAGGUGUUCAAGUCGCCUACAUACGCCGAGCCUUGUCUAGUCCCUAUUGCGAAAGAUAUUUUGGGUCACAAGUCAUGGGUGUUCCUUUCAGGAAAAGCUCAUACUGAGUAUCGGAGAGGACUGACUCCCCUAUUCACCAACCGCGCCUUGGCUACCUACCUUCCCAUCCAGGAGAAAGUAUUCGCCGACUACUUUAACAAAUUUGUUUCUGCAAGUGAAGCGAAUGGAGGGAAAGCGAUGGAAUUUAUGUCUUUAUUUCGUGAGAUCAACUGUGCAAUCUCAUGCCGCACCUUCUUUGGAGACUACAUCUCGCAGGAUGCAGUCAAGAAGAUCGCUGACGAUUUUUACCUUGCGACUGCUGCUCUUGAGCUAGUCAAUGUCCCACUCUCAAUCUACGUUCCAUUCACUAAGCCAUGGCGUGGAAAGCGAACUGCUGAUGCUGUUCACGUCGAGUUUGCCAAAUGCGCAGCCAAGUCCAAAGCUAACAUGGCCGCUGGAGCAACACCUACAUGUAUCGUGGAUCAUUGGGUCCUACACAUGAUGGAGUCUAAGCGAUAUGAAGAGAGAAUCGCUGCUGGAGAGACAAACGUCAAUAAGCCAACAAAUCUCAUCCGCGAUUUCACGAACGAAGAGAUCGGGGAGACCUUGUUUACUUUCCUCUUUGCGUCUCAGGAUGCCUCCAGCAGUGCCACAACCUGGCUAUUCCAAAUCCUCGCACAGCGGCCCGAUGUUCUGGAUCGACUACGAGAGGAGAAUCUCAAUGCACGGAAUGGAGAUAAAACAAAGUCUUGCGAUCUCGCCAUGUUGGAAUCUUUGACAUAUACCAAUGCUGUUAUCAAGGAGCUUCUCCGCCACCGACCCCCAGUGAUUUUUGUUCCUUACCUAGCCAAGAAGGAUUUCCCUGUUACGCCGGAUUACACUGUUCCUAAAGGAUCGAUGAUCAUCCCAUCUUGCUAUCCCGCCCUCCAUGACCCUGAAGUAUACCCAGAGCCUGAUGUGUUCAAUCCCGAUCGCUGGAUCACAGGUGAUGCCGAGUCCAAAACUAAGAACUGGCUCGUUUUUGGUGCAGGUUCGCAUGAUUGUCUUGCAAGAAGAUAUGUUCCAAUGUCAAUGGCUGCUAUGAUUGGAAAAGCAGCUUUGGAGCUUGACUGGACGCAUCACGCUACUGAUAAAUCGGAAGAGAUCAGAGUAUUCGCGACGCUUUUUCCAAUGGAUGGCGCGCAACUAGUUUUUAAGAAACGGUCAUAG